AAGAAAUAGGACAAGAGAAAAUGCGAAAACACUUGCUUCCAAUCACAAUCCUCCACGUACCCUUGCCUAACUCUUCUUAUUUCACCCUCGCCCUCGCUCUCGCUCUCGCUCUCGCUCUCGCUGUCCAACCCAAAUUUCCCCCUUCUUUCAAAACCUAUGCACCGCUCCACUCACAAUCCUAAUCUCACACUCACUCUCAGGCUUACCAACUCAGAAUUUUGGUAAAUGGAAAAAGGAGAAAUCAAGAAAUAAAUAGUGGGAGUCUGGGCAAGUGGAGUGGUUGUCGCCCUCUCAAUUUCUUGCGGCUAAGAUUAUUUCUAUCCACCUUCUCCUCCCCUCCGCGUGAAUUACAGAGCACCAAUCAAUCCAUCCAUCGGCUGAGAGACAACUGUGGGUGUGGGGUCUAUUUCCUUUGCCGUCCGGUCAAAGUCAAGACCUCCGGUGUACCAGACGCCCUCUUCCGUCAGAUGACGUCCUACCACAGCCUGAGGUAUUACCUCUCGGAGCAACCAUCCAUCGUCGGCUUCCGGUGGAGCCACACCCAGUCGUGGGGCUCCACCUGGUCAUUCCUCUUCUCCUCCAUCGCCCUUUAUGUUUCCGCCGCUGUCGUCCUCCACGUUCUCCUCCAACUCCUCUUCCGCCACCGCCGUCCCCUCCCGUUGGGUCCACUCCCCGCAGUCCACUCUCUCUCUAUGGCCCUCAUCUCCGCCACUAUCUUCGCCGGAACUGUACUCUCCGCCACCGCCGAGAUCCGGGACACGCGGUGGUUGUGGCGACGCUCCCGCACCACAACCUUCCAGUGGUUGCUCUGCUUCCCCUUGGGGACUCGCCCCUCCGGCCGCGUCUUCUUCUGGUCCUACAUUUACUAUCUCUCGCGUUUCCUCCACGCGCUGCGGUCAUUCAUCACCAUUCUCCGGUAUCGGGAGCUACCCUUCUUCAAGCUGUUCAACCACUCGAUCUUGAUAUUCAUGUCGUUCCUCUGGCUGGAAUUCUCGCAAUCUUUUCAAGUGCUGGCGAUUCUCCUGACAACUCUGGUGUACUCCGUCGUCUAUGGUUACCGAUUUUGGACGGCGAUCGGAUUGCCGAGCGCGUGUUUCCCAUUCGUGGUGAAUUGCCAAAUACUACUACUGAGCUGCAAUCUGGUGUGCCACUUUGGAGUGCUCCUGUUGCAUUUCAUCAAGGGCGGAUGCAAUGGGAUUGGAGCGUGGAUUUUCAACUCAGUUCUGAAUGGGGCAAUCCUAUUCCUGUUCUUGAAUUUUUACGUGAAAAAACAUCUCCGGAAAACAAAAGUCGGUGUUAUCGGCGGCGCCGGCCAUGAACUCAGCUUUGUGGCUAAAAAGCUGGAGCUGGUCAAAGACAAGGAUAUUUGAGGUCUCUUACAACCUUUUUUUUUUUUUGUUUUUUUAAACUAUUUCGGCUAGUAGUAGAUUACCACAAGUAUAUAUAUAUAUAUAUAUUGAAAUAUGGUUUAUGUGGGAUGUAAACUUGAAUAAUCUAUGAGCCCAAAAAUCUUUCAGCUUCAGUACUGCUUUAGAGGGUAAUUAGUCUGACUGCAUUAACAAAAGUGUGGGAAGUUAAAGUUGCUAGUUUUAGGAGGGGGAAAUUGCUAUCUGGGAAACACGAGUUAUACUGAUAUGUAGUUAGGUAGGACGGGAACACGACUUCUUUUUUAUGCCGGUAACUGUACUUAGUUGAAGGAUGUGGUUUUAGACAGGAUUGUCUGAUGAUAGUUGCCCUA